GUGGCGUCUCGUUAAACCCUAUACUUCGCCGGGAAGGUAAUAUGAUUAUGUUCCAUCGUCUUUGUCGGAAAUCAAUCUGCUCUGUCGACAAUAAGGUCGUAUGGAUGAGGAUGCUCUUAAGACCAGGAAUCAUACACCGCAUUGAUACAAAGUGCUCCUGCAUUUUUACUGUAUCUAGGAAUCUAUCAUCAUCGUCAGACAGGACAUCUUCAGAGUUUCCUGACAGAUCUGUUCAUUCAGAUUAUGGUAAUAAUAGGCAAGUGGUAGAUGAAGUGUGCCGUGUUUUGCAGAGUGGUCCAUGGGGAGCUUCAACUGAGAACGCUCUAUCGGCUAUUACUAUAGAUCCCCAGCAGGAGUUAGUAACUGGAGUGUUAAGGAGGUUAAAAGAUGUGGAUUGUGCAAUUCGUUAUUUCCGAUGGUAUGAGAGGAAAACAGAUCUUACACAUUGUCCCGAAGCAUAUAACUCUUUGCUUUCGGUGAUGGCUCGUUGUAGAAAUUUUGAUGCUUUGGAGCAAAUUCUCGGGGAAAUGAGUGUUGCUGGGUUUGACCCUUCUGUUAACUCUUGUAUCGAGAUGGUUUUAAGCUGUGUUAAGGUGAACAAGCUCAGAGAUGCUUUUGAUAUCAUACAGACCAUGAGGAAGUUCAAAUUCCGGCCUGCUUUUUCAGCUUACACAACUCUAAUUGGCGCUUUGUCGGCUGUUAAUCAAUCUGAUACGAUGCUGACUCUUUUUCACCAAAUGCAGGAACUGGGUUACGAAGUAACUCUUCAUCUGCUUACGACUUUGAUUCGUGCCUUUGCCAAAGAUGGGAGAGUUGAUUCUGCCAUAUCAUUGCUCGACGAGAUGAAGAGCAAAUCUCGUGAUGUCAACGUUGUUCUCUAUAACGUAUGUAUAGACUGCUUCGGUAAGGCAGGAAAGGUUGAUGUGGCAUGGAAAUUUUUUCACGAGAUCAAAGCAAAUGGCUUGAAACCCGAUGAAGUCACUUAUACUAGCAUGAUAGGAGUCCUGUGCAUGGCAAACAGGUUGGAUGAAGCUGUAGAAAUGUUUGAGCACUUGGAAAGGAGCAGACAGGCCCCUUGCACUUUUGCGUACAACACAAUGAUUAUGGGUUAUGGGUCAGCUGGAAAAUUUGAGGAAGCAUACAGUCUACUAGAGAGACAGAGGGCAAAGGGGUCUAUACCGAGUGUAAUUGCAUAUAACUGUAUUCUUACGUGCCUCAAGAAAAAGGGAAGAGUGGACGAAGCUUUGAAACUCUUUGAGCAAAUGAAGAAAGAUGCUGCUCCAAAUCUUUCCACCUAUAAUAUUCUUAUUGACAUGCUUUGCACAGCAGGUAAAUUUGACUGUGCUUUUGAGCUACGUGAUUCAAUGCGAAAAUCUGGCAUGUUUCCUAAUGUUAGAACUGUGAACAUAAUGGUUGAUCGGCUCUGUAAAGCCCAAAAACUUGAUGAAGCUCGUGCUAUAUUCGAAGAGAUGGAUUGUAAGGUUUGUGCCCCAAAUGAGUAUACGUUUUGCUCGCUCAUCGAUGGCUUGGGGAGGAGCGGAAGAGUAGAUGAAGCUUAUAGUGUCUAUGAGAAGAUGUUGGAGUCAAAUUGUCGCCCUAACUCCGUUAUUUACACAUCCCUCAUAAAGAACUUCUUCAACAACGGUAGAAAAGAAGAUGGCCACAAGAUAUACAAGGAAAUGCACAAUCAAGGUUGUUCUCCUGAUCUCCGGUUAUUUAACACUUACAUGGAUUGUGUUUUUAAAGCUGGUGAACCUGUUAAAGGUAGGGCUCUGUUCGAGGAAAUAAAAGCCCGCGGGUUUGUUCCGAAUGCUCUAAGCUAUUCAAUCCUGAUAGAUGGAGUGGUGAAAGCAGGGUUUUCGAAUGAAACCUAUGAAUGGUUUUAUUCCAUGAAUGAGCGAGGCUGUGUUUUGGAUACCCGUGCUUAUAACGUAGUUAUUAAUGGUUUUUGCAAGUCCGGACACGUGGACAAAGCUUAUCAGCUGUUGGAGGAGAUGAAAACAAAGGGUCAUGGACCAACUGUUGUUACCUAUGGUUCUGUAAUCGACGGCCUUUCCAAAAUUGACCGGCUUGACGAAGCUUAUAUGCUCUAUGAGGAGGCCAAAUCGAUGGGCAUAGAGUUGAACAUGGUAGUCUACUGCAGUCUUAUUAAUGGCUUUGGGAAAGUUGGCAGAAUCGAUGAAGCUUACCUUAUCAUGGAAGAGCUAAUGCAGAAAGGACUAACACCUAACGUCGUUACAUGGAAUGCAUUGCUUGAUGGAUUGAUUGUGGCUGAGGAAAUCAACGAAGCCCUUGUCUGUUUUCAGUCCAUGAAAGACCUGCAAUGCACUCCGGACGAAGUUACCUAUGGUAUCUUAAUCAAAGGUCUUUGCAAGGUCAGGAAGUUUAAUAAAGCCUUUGUCUUUUGGCAAGAGAUGCAGAAUCUUGGCCUGAAACCCAGUACCGUUAGCCACAAUAUCAUGAUAUCGGGGCUUGCAAAGGUUGGGAAUAUCGCCGAGGCUAGUGCACUGUUUGAUCAGUUUAAGGCAAAUGGGUGUACACCAGACUCUACUUGUUAUAGUGCCAUGAUAGAAGGGCUAAGUAAUGGAAACAGGGCGAUGGACGCUUUUGCCCUUUUCGAGGAAACACAUCAGAAAGGACUACAUAUCCAUAACAAAACAUGUGUUGUUCUUUUGGGUGCUCUGGAGAAGGCUGAAUGCCGUGAACAGGCAGCUGUUGUUGGAGCUGUUUUGAGUGAGACUGCAAAGUCACAACAUGCUUCGAGAUCUUGGUAGAGAGUUGUCAUCCAUCACUUGUCUUGGUAUACGAAAAUGAAAUCCACCUGGAUGAUGUCUGAAUCCAGGAAACGUGACCCUUGUGAAGUUCCUCGUGAAAUGACAAGGAUCUCGAGUUUCUGGACAGGACAAUGUUUUUUACGAUAGUAAGACGGGCUCGUAUCUUCGGACAUACGAGCUUCUUCUCAAGUGAGACCUGCUCGAGUCUCUGGAGAACAAAAUCAAAGAACACCCGGAAAAAAUCCACUUAGUUCUCAAGAACGAUCAAAAUCUUCACGAAUUUUUGUUGUAUCAUGUGAUUGCUCAGCCUAAUCCGAGAGGAUUGUGAUCAUCUCUGAGAAUACAAUCCUCUUGGAACUUCUUGCCGGAUUCAAGAAAGGACAAGGAAGUGGCUUAUUAAGAUUUUGCUGCAACAACAGAACACAGAAACCAACUGGAUCUGGAUAAACGACAAAACCCAUGAGGAGAAAACAGUCUCCUUUGCCAUCUUCUUCUGGAGAUUUGAAUUUCGUGUCCAUAUUCAAGCACUGGCUGCUGAUCAUCAUUUCACAAACAGGAGGGAUCCGGAGUAACCUGUGUUAUGCAUGGUACAUGGAUCUGUUUUUGGACAAUAUUAAUAACGUUUUGUAUCUUACUUAUUUUACGGUGAUAUUUUUUGUC